GCAACUAAUGUAAACGUUGGGAAGAGGACUCUCAACCGUUAUUACGGUUAUCUCCGGGUGGCUGUAUUUGUAGCUGCCUUUAAUUCAGAUGAAACAAAGACAGAAACCCCCUCAGUGGCUGGUUUGGAGGGUUUUGGUCUCAAAAUCUAUGGAAGUCGUGAGCACAUAGACCAGGAGAAGACACAGACCUUAAGGGCAGCACACCAUGGCAGGGAGAAGACACGGCAAUGUCUAUACUCAAGCACAACAUGGUGUUAGAAGAGCAGAUGGACUCGACCAGCCAUUUCCAAACAAGCCUGUUAGUCACAGAAGGCCUCUCAACACCAAGACACAAGACUCACUUGAUCUGAAUGAUUUUGAAAAAAUCCAUAUUACAAAACAACCAAAAGGCUCUUUGUCACCCCAAGAGCGUCAUUCAAAUGGGGAGACCACUGCAUCCCAAUACCCAAGAAAAGACCCACUCAGACUGCCCAGAGGAGAACUGCAGAUGGCCAAAGCAAUUUACGCAAAAGAACUCAUGCUACAGGAGAAGUUGUGGAGGGUUGAAGAAAAAAUAAGACAAAAAAUCCAGACAGACCGUGCUGAUGACCAAAAGAGUGAGGAGGAGAGGCACAGCAGGGGACAAGCUCCCACAAAGACCAGGAUGUCUGAGCUGCAGAGGAGAGAACCAGUGAGAAACAGAGAAACGAUAAAGCAAGAGAGAAGACAGGAGGAUGUUAAACAACUUAGGAAGAGGCAAGAUCAGAGGAAUGAGGACAGAAAGAGGAAUACACGUGAAGAAGAGGGGGUCAGAUUGGCAAGAAGGGACACAGAAGUUGCACAGAGUCCCCAGUCGCACAGAAAAGGACGCAAAGGAACUGAUGAGAUCAUAGUUCGUGGGGAAGAAGUGAGCGGAGAGCUGAAUGAAUCGAGGUGGGAGAACGUGAAAGAGCGCACCAGAAGAAAAGGAGGGGAUGAACAAGAUUAUGGCAUUUGGGGAGGUGUGAAAGCAGAAAAACAAAUGGAACCAGAAAAAAAUACAACCUCCAUGGGCGAUAAAGUUUGGACGAGAGAAAAGAAAUAUGUGGAAAGGACAUGUAAGGAGAUUUACGGUUCAGACGAUGAAGAAUACCUGCCUCAAACCAGUCAACAGAAAACGUCUCACAGAGCUGCAACAGAAAACCACAGAGGUGAAGGAAGACAACAAGCACUGCUUCCACCCGUUUCUAGUCCUUCUCGUUCCAGCAGACCAGAGCAGGGGGAGCUCGACCUUAAAGACGGCACAUAUGACGGCCUCCAGCUUCUUCCUUGCAGAACCUGCAACAGAAAGUUUGCACGCAAAAGAUUAGAGACGCAUGUCCAAAUCUGUAAAAAGGUGAAACAGUCACAACGUCAAGUCUUCAACUCCUACGUUAAUAGGACCAAGGGAUCUGCCAUAGAGGAGUUCUUAAAAACCCACAGCAGAAGCAAGACUCCAGAGGCUUUAAAGAAAAAGGACAAAAGACAGAGCCACAAGGCAAACACAAGGAAUCUGCAUCAGGGUCAACUCCCAGCUGGAACCACACAGCCAAAACGGUCCAAGUAAGCCGACCAGAACGGACCCAGACCCUUUGGCUCCACCAGUUGAACAAGAGAUCCUCAGGUGUCAAGUGUAAUGUCUAAACCGACUGAAUCCCUCAUUAGAAUAUUGUCUACACUGUUUUAAUAUAUUCCCUAAUAUGUUCCCAAAUAAAGGACUGUCUAAGGUA